AGGCACCAUGAAACGCCCGAGAGAGUAGCAUUCGAUUAGUAAAGUAUCUCACAUUAGAGGUGCUUACCAAUGACGUCUUUUUAAAAAAAAGGGUUAAUUGCCCACAUGUACAAAAAAAGAGCAUUCAUUAUCCAAAAUGAUUAAUCCUUUUUAUUAUAAAAUUGAAAACACAAAACUAAUCUAUAGUUUAGAUAGCUAAAUCAAAAUGUGCUAAAACUUAGGUCUAAUGGACCUGCAGCUUGGCGCGAGGCCCUUGGCUACGCUAAGUGAAGAGUAGGCUACGAGCUGAAAAAGAAGCACAUGAACGCAUCACGAGAGGCGCGCCUCGGCGCACAGCUGAGGUGAGAAGAAAACACCCAAGUGAUGAAGUUCAGCCUCACACUGACCCGAAAAUGUGGACGGAUGUGAAAAACGAGAGCCGGACCGUCACCGGGGACGGGAACAGCUCGGAGAUGGUUGACCCAGAUCUGACACCACAGCUUUUAAACACUGUUCAACUGAGGAAUGCUACCACUCAUCCCUCUCACCCAGAGGACUCUUUAACCAGCAGCAGUGGAAUCGUCCCCGGUUUAAUUGCAGCCACAGUGUUCAUUGCCUUUUUGCUCGCUCUGUACGCCGUCCUCUGGAAGUGCAUGGUGUCACCGCCACAACGAAAGCACAGCAAGGUGAGGAUGAGAGUGAAACAGAGGACGUCUUUGUGAGGACUCGAUUCCAGGUUUGAGUGUCCUGCGUCUGAAAGGUCAAACUUUUGAUCUCAAUGGUGUGGACUAAAAAUCUGAGAGCAGAAAAAAAAAAUGUAUAAAGGCACCAGAGUGACAAAAUGCCACAGCGGAAGAUCCUCCUCAUAGAUCCAAAGAUCAAACCGCUGCGUGUUUCCCCUCAGCUUUACAGACUGCUGGUGGCUGCUGGUCACUCACAAGCUCCAUGUUGAUGUGAAAAAGGCUCUUCAGGUCAGAUCGUGCUGCUUUUAUUUUUUAUUUUAUUUUCUUCUGUGAACUCUACGUUACUGAGGGACCGGGGACGUCUCAGGUCACGGCUCCCCUGACCUAUCAGCCAAUCACCCCGUCACAAGCAUCUACUAUGGACAUGUUAUAUGUGUCAUCUGCUGUCUGCUUACAAAUCUAACCUUUACUCAGGAUGUUGUAACUGCUGAAGGACUUCUGACUUUUUUAACACUUAGCAAUCCACAUUGCAAUGUGGAUAGGAAUAAAUGCUCAUUUCUGUUACUUAGUCACAAUUUGAUGAGACUUCAAGUUAUCCUUCUGAUAAAUGGCGUAUUUUUUGUAUCUACCUUGUAUGGAAUGAGGAAAGAGAUGUGUGUAUGGAUAACAGCAGAGACAUUUUUAAGUGUCAGUACCAGUGUAAAAGGAAACAUGCUACUCUAGUAGCUGACUCGGAGGCCGUGCAGGUCUGACACUUUGUGGUUUUUUCAGAACCCGUUCUGCAACUUGUAAGAAAGAGCAGGGGAGGAGAUUUUAGGGGAACUGGGAAGAGUGUUGGGUGGAAAUUCCGCUAAAUAAACCAUCAAAGCAGAGAUGCUGAAACUGAUGAACAAGAUACCAAUCUUUUGAGUCUACAUUUUUUUCAAAACAUGCAAGGAAGAUGGUUUGGAUUACACUGAGCCAAGGAUUCUGGGGAAGUAACACAGAUUUAAUCUGAUUAAAGACAAACAUGGAUGAUUUUUGCCAGCUCCAUAAAAC